AUGAAAAGAAGAAAAACAACACCUUUUAAUGGAAUUAUUUCAAAGAGAUAUUCGAAAGAUUUAGAAAAUUAUGUCAAAGAUAAUGCUGAAAAAUUUAGAAUACGUAAGAAUGGAAGCUUCGAAUCUAACGUCAAAGGAAGACUUGUAAAGAAUAGUAAUUUCACUGAAGUGCUCGAAUAUGUACAAGGUGAUAUAUCGUCACCUCCUAAAGGUUUUAGUUUUCUAUUUAAUCGAUUAUCCAAAGACCCAUUAGUAAAAGAAAUGAUCAAAGAGACGCAAGGAGAAAGUAGUACAGAGGAAAGGUCUGGAAGUCAAUCAGGUAGUGGAAAAAGUAAGAAAAGAGUUUUGGUAAAAGUCCUGCCUAUAAAAAAGAAAAAUAAAUUUAUUCCUCAAAUAUGGGAAAAGCUUUAA